AUGGGGACCGCCGACACACUAAUUUCCACCACCACACUUCACUUCUUACUACUUCUCUGCGCUUCCUCCCUCUCUAACUCUCAACCUCUCCAACCAGUAGUAGUCAAAGCCGGGUACUACCCUUCCUGGGCCCGUAACAUGGGCCCGAACGAAAUUGACACCACCUAUUACACCCACAUCUUCUACGCAUUCGUUGUCCCCAACAACCUGACCUUCACAUUUGACAACAUCGGGCCCCAGCAGAAGGCCUCCCUCCGCAACUUCACUUCGGCCCUCCGCGCCAAGAACCCCCCCGUGGGCCCACUCUUCUCCAUCGGGGGCGGGGGUGCGGACCCCACGCUGUUCUCCCGCAUGGGCUCAGCCCCGUCCACCCGCAAAGCCUUCAUCGACUCGGCCAUAUCUCUCGCGCGGGACUACGGCUUCUGCGGGAUGGACCUCGACUACGAGUUCCCCCGGAACGCGUCCGACAUGGACAACCUCGGCCUCUUGCUCCGGGAGUGGCGCAAGGCGGUCGAGCGCGAGUCCAAACGGACAGGAAAGCCGCGGCUCCUCAUCACGGCUGCCGUGUACUAUGCGGCCGACAUGACGUUGUCCGGUGCCCCGCGCUCCUACCCUGCCCGCGCCAUCCAGGAGAGCCUCGAUUGGGUGAACAUGAUGGACUAUGACUACCACGGGUCGUGGGAACCGAGCGUCACCGGGGCCCACGCGCAGCUGUACGACCCGUCCGGGAGGAACCUAAGCACGAGCUACGGGGUCGAGUCGUGGAUGAAGGCAGGGGUGGCGGCGCGCAAGCUGGUGAUGGGGUUGCCGAUGUACGGGAGGACGUGGAAGCUCGAGUCGGCCAACCAGACGGGGAUUGGGGCGCCUGCCGUGGGGGUGGGGCUAGGGGACGAGGGCACGAUGACGUACGGCCAGAUCGUGAAUCUGAAUGCCACCGAGGUGUACGACAGCAAGACUGUGUCCGCAUACUCGGUGUCGGGUCUGAAUUGGAUCGGGUACGAUAAUGUCCGCGCGGUCGCCGUAAAGGUUAACUUCGCCAACAAACUUAAGCUGCGCGGCCACUUCUUCUGGGCUGUUAAUGGCGACUACCACUGGAGACUUUCUAAGGCGGUUUCGGAAGCAUGGAUUUCCAGGGACAACAUAGGACAGUAG